AUGGCAUAUUAAUCAUAAUGCAAUUCAUAAAUGAAUACUAAUCAUUCUUUAAAAGUGCCACUUGAUUCAUUAUUAGGAAAAGUUGUUUGUAAAAAUUACCUUAUAGUUUCUAAAAUCAAUGAAGGAUCUUUUGGUAAAGUGUAUAAAGCUAUCCAUUAAAUUAAAUAAGAUUAUUAUGCUGUUAAAAUUGAAGCUUAAGAACAUCGAUAAAAAAAGGGAGAGACCUUAAGAUUAGAAGCUGAAAUUCUCAAAAAACUAAAUGGAGAAAAGGGAAUUCCAAGAUUAUAUUAUUAUAUUGAAGAUUAAACUUAAAGAGUACUUGUGGAAACUUUAUUAGGUAAUGUUUUUAUUCAUCAAUAAUAUUAGGAAAGAACCUUGAUGAAUUUUAUAGUUUAUGCAACUAUAAAUUUUCUUUGAAAACUGUGCUUCUCUUUAUGGAACAGGCAAUUAGUCGAUUAGAAUAUCUCCAUUCUUAAGGGGUAAAUAAUUAAAUGAGAUAAAGUGAUCUAGUAUAUUCACAGAGACAUUAAGCCAGAGAAUUUCAUGAUAGGAAUUCCACCAAAUGAAAAUCUUAUUUAUCUCAUUGAUUUUGGACUCAAUGCUCCUAUUUAUGAUUCCCAAAAGAGACUCUUGCCAAAAUUAAAAGGUUAACCAUUAGUAGGAACUGCUCGUUUUACACCUAUCUGUUCUCAUUAAGGAUAUAGCUAAAGUAGAGCAAGUGACUUAGAGUCUUUAGGUUACUUAGCAAUAUUCUUUCUUAAAGGUUCCUUACCUUGGAUGAAAGUUGAAGCAUAAACUAAAGAAGAACGUUUUUAUUUAAUAGGAUAAAAGAAGAUGAGAGAAACUACCUCGUGAAUUUGAAGGAUAUUUUAAUUAUAUAUUUAAUGUUUCAUAUGAUACAGAACCUUCAUAUAGUUAUUUGAAAAAGUUAAUCAAAGGAUUAAUGCAUAAAAUGUAAUAUAAUGAUGCUGUUUUUGAUUGGCAAGAGAUUAUUAAAAAAGAAGAAGAAAGCAAAAAAUACUCUAAUAAAAAAAUUAAAUUAAAUGCUUAAACUUAAUAAUUCAAACCCAUCGAAUCAGAAGAUGAAUAGGAUAGUCCCAAAGUUGCUAUGAUGCAAUCUAAAGAUUCCAAAAAAAGUUCUUCGAAUUUUGUUAAAAGAAGUAUUACUGAUCAUCUGAAUUUCUCAAAAUAAUAGAGUAUGAAUUAGUGUAGCAAUAUUGAACUUUUGAUCUCCCAAAAUGAAUUAGUCAAUCUUAGAUUAAAGUAGAAAUUAUUAUUAAAUAAUACUCAAAAUAACAUUCAAGAAGAACCUGAAAAUUAUGGUUUUGGUGUUAUGAAUGAAUAUUAUCCAUAUCCUACCAUGCAAUAAUAAAUGGAUCAGUUGAUUACAAUUAUUACUAAGUUUAUAAUUAAUUAAUGA